CGAGAAGCGACGUUGAGCUAACUAUGUGGUAGGUUCACAUUUUUUAUGCUAUGGGCAGUAGAAGUAUCAGACCCGCCUAAUAUAAACAAAGUGCAGAGUCAAGACUGUCAGAGACAACAAAAGGUAUAUGAGACGAAGCAAAACUCUACUACGAAAAUAUUUUACAAGUGAAGACUUUACUCGUUCUCAGGAGACCUAUAAGCGCCCCAGCCCUCUAAUGGUAGCAGUGAUUUGGAUGGGCUCGUCGAGUCGGGAAGGCACCCGCCCAGGUCUGCUCCUUCCUUUUUCGAUUUCGAAUUGCCAAACGGCAGGAUACCCAGAUGGCCCUGUUCCCUUACACAUUUCUUGAAGUCGGAUUACCUCUUCACUUUGGGAUUUAGAGCAAAGUGUACCCAUUCAGGGCAAUGGAGUGCGUCUCCUCGCCGUCUUCUGCUCAAAUAGCCCUCGCUCUGGCCAUUGUCAAGCUGAAACCAGUAGGGGUUGACAUCAAAGAAUACAUAUUACAAACUCGGGAGUCAAUCAAACCCUCAAAAACGGCAGAAGCAUUCCAGUCGCCCGAUAAAUUCUUUGACGGCGUUUCGUUCUGGAGGCAAGCGUACGAGAGAUCGGAGGUGGAGCAGAGCAAGUUACUAGACCGCAUUUUUGAGCUCGAAGAGCGAAAUGAGGCACUUACCGCAAAAUUAAAUCCUCGAGGAGAGACUCCGACGAAGCCGGCAGUGAAGUUGCCGCUGAAGCGCAAGGACACUAUUAACCAACCUACCGAGAAACAAACCAAGAAACAGCGACAGCUUAUGAAACGCUCUCUUGCUGCAGAAGUCGAGAUAUUAUAUGAUGGUGUCAUCACUCUUUCCGACGAUUCCGGGUCUACGAGUCCUUUUGUGAGACAGCUCUAUCUUCUUCAAAAGGCUCUGCAGAAGCGGGAUACUCCGAGUAUUACCCGAACUGCUAUUUCUUUAUGCAAGACUUGCGAGAAUGAGCUCGUCAGCAUAGUUCCACAAGAGACCCAAAGAGACAGGUCCAAGUACCAAACCCCGGCACAAGCCACACUGUCACAUUUCUGUCUGAGUCUGCGAGCCAUCGAAUUUUCCAUUACACUCCUCUUACUAGCCCUCACCAAGCUUCCCAAUACUGGAGACUCGAGGCAGGAGGAGGCACUGCUCAUUUACCAUGUAGUUUGCUUAUAUGAAGCAGCCAUCAACACGUUAAAGAGAUACUGCAAGAGGAUACCAACGCCGGCCGCUACACCUAUAACAGAUUAUCAUAUCCAGACACGAGCAAAGACGUCGAAUCGAACAAAAGUGAGCGCUGCGGAUGAAAAAGCGAUAAAGCUGACUUCAUUACUGGACCGAAUGAUCACAUCUCUCAACCCAACCUGCCCUAUGCACCAACGGCUACUGGAGGGAUUCCUUUACGUCUUGUUAAGCCGUGUUGGAAAAGUUCUAUGCGUAUUCGUCUUUCAAGACCUAGAACUACAGCCAGAUCUUCGAGCUGAUUUUCACAAACUGCCACUCCCUGCCGGUCUGAUAGACGCCGAGCUCGAUGACAAGUCAUUAGGGGGCACUGAGACGGAGGCCAGGUACCUAAUUUGGCUAUUGCAGAGGACUCUAGCUGCCGUUGAUACUUUUCCGCCUUUGUUGAAUUCUGCAUCACCAGAAAAUCCCUCUGGACAAGUCCAAUUCGGUAUCAGAGCAAGGUUACAGAACACACUCUUUCACGCAGUUUUUGGUGGAGGCUCGGAAUUUGAACAGUUUUUACAGCGUCCUGAACCUCCUGAGAACUUUGACAUAGAGAGAUUCCUUGCAAAGAACCAGGUUACCGACUCGCCAAUUCCUGAAUGUUAUCCAUGACACUGGCAGCAUGUAGCCUAUAAUACGAUGGGGCCUGUUAUUUUCUCUUUCGGUAAUACUAUAUCUAUAUACAUGCAAUGC